AUGUCCAUCCCUUAUAGAGCCUCUCGCUGCGUGAUCCUGAUUGGUCCUCUGCUGGGACUGGCCUGGAUUGGCCUGGGCACAGUGGGACGGUCACAUCCCAAUUACCGCCCUGUGGAUGUGGAGGAGAUGGCGAGCGGCAUCCGCCGCCCGCCGAGAGACACGAUCCGUGGGGCCGAGGGGGGUCUGUGUGAAUGGGGGGGGUCUGUGUGUGUGGAGGGGGGGUCCGUGGAGAGUCUGCGGUGCCGUGUUGCCCUCGCACAUGCAGCAGAGGAAGACACUCGAUGA